AUGAAGUUCGCAUCAGCACAAGAUUCAGUCUUGAUGAAGCCUCGUCAAAUCAUCAAAACCCCUAAAGUAUUCGACCGGUUUUACAACUCGUCCUCAUCGGAGGAUGAAGAUGAUGGAGUCAGCGGAUCAUCGCAGAAUGAUUCUGUUCAGAAACGGCUGGAUUACAUGAUCCAAUUUCUUGAUCGGAAGCUUUCUACUUCGACAUCACCGGAUACUGGUAAAAACAAGCCGUUGCCAGAGUUUAUUGGGACCAAUGGAGGGAGUGGGGUGUUUAAGCCGCCGUUCAGAGCCCCUGUGCACCAUGGCAGUCCGCCAAAGUGUGGAAUCCGGGUUUGGGAUUUGAAGAAUGAUACAUACGGUUGUGGGGCUCAGAAAGGGGAGGAGGGGACUGUGAGGUAUUGGGAGUCUGUACAGUGCCCAGCGACACUGUGUGUGGUUGGGGAUACUGGCAAUGGAGUUGUGUGGAGUGGGCAUAAAGAUGGGAGGAUUAGGUGUUGGAAGAUGAUGGAUUUUAAUGGAAAUGGGAAUGAUACUGUUAACAGGAGUGGGUUCAAAGAGGCACUUUCAUGGCAGGCGCAUCGUGGGCCGGUUCUCUCCAUGGCUGUGACUUCUUAUGGUAUCUCACUAUCUUGA